AUGAUUAAUAAGUAAAUUCAAUUACCUAAGCACCCUAACAUCUCAUUCAAAUAAUACUGUUAAUAGUUCGUAAAGGAAAGUCCGAAAGCUAAACUCAACAAAACCUCAUAUGUCCUGGGAGACCUACCACUAAACAAACUAAGAGAAAAACAAAAAGAAUAAUUCAAAUCUUUUAUCCAAGAUCACAUUUCCUUGACUCGAAAAAUAAGAGACGAUGCAGAAUACGAUGCCACUAUAUACAUGGGAUUGACAUCCAAGUGGCAGAGAGCGAAAAAGGAUUAUUUCAAAUAAGAGAUCCCUCUUAUCAAAUGUGAAUUGGAUAUGCGUCAUAUCAAAUAGAAUCAAGAGCUCAAUUUCGAUUCCUGGAGAAGGAUCGAUCAAGUGAGUUAAAAAAGAGUUCGAGGAAUCUCAGUCGACUCAAACAUGAAAAAAACUAAUCGAAAAACUCACACAACCAGUUUUCGAUUUUGA